CUCAGCCAGCAGAGGAGGCAGCGACUACCACUUCUACCACUACUGCUACUGGUGCUACAGGGAGAGAGUGAGCAGCAGUCCCUUCACUCACACUUUUAGACUUUUAGGUGCAUCUUCCAGAAAAACCAUGAGACUGCCGUGUUGCACCUCACUGCUGCUUCUCUUCUGCUCCCUUGUUCAGACAAACGCAUUCACAACAUGUGGAUCCAACCAGUUCCAGUGCGGGAACGGCAAAUGCAUCACAAUGAGAUGGGUGUGCGAUGGAACGGAUGACUGUGGAGACGGCACGGACGAACUUCCUGGUACCUGCUCGGCUAAAACGUGUAAACCGGCCGAGUUCAGCUGCGCAGACCGUCUGAACCAGUGCAUUCCCAACACCUGGCGCUGUGACGGGAAAGCUGACUGUGAGAAUGGAGUCGAUGAAGAGAGAUGUGCACCCAGGCAGUGCACAAACACCGAGUUCCGCUGCUCCAACGGCCAAUGCGUGUCGUCGGCCUUCAUGUGCGACGACGAGGCCGACUGCGACGACGGCAGCGACGAGGUCUCCUGCCCGGCCACCACCUGCAGCAGCGCAUCGUUUCAGUGCAACAACACCGUCUGCGUUCCCCGCCUGUGGGCCUGCGACGGCGACGCCGACUGCCUCGACGGCUCGGACGAAUGGCCCCAGAACUGUGGCGUAAAGACUCCCGCCCCUCCUGCCGUGCACAAGUGCUCGUCCCUGGAGUUCCGCUGUGGCAGCGGAGAGUGCAUCCACGGCAGCUGGAAGUGUGACGGAGGAGCCGACUGUCACGAUCGAUCCGACGAAGCCAACUGUGCUCGAUCCACCUGCCGUCCUGACGAGUUUGAAUGCGGUGAUGGGACUUGCAUCCACGGCAGCCGCCAGUGCAACCAUCAGUACGACUGCAGGGACAUGAGCGAUGAAACCGGAUGUGUCAACGCAACCCGCUGCGAGGGCCCAACCAGGUUUAAGUGCCGCAGCGGGGAGUGCAUCAGCAUGGAGAAGGUGUGCGACAAGAGGCGCGAUUGCAGGGAUUGGUCAGAUGAGCCUCUUAGGGAAUGUGGUUCCAAUGAGUGUCUGUACAACAACGGCGGCUGCUCCCACGUUUGCAAAGACCUAAAGAUCGGCUACGAGUGCUUGUGUCCGUCCGGUUAUCGGCUGACUGACACCAAGCGCUGUCAAGACAUCGACGAGUGCGCCAACCCGGACACCUGCAGUCAAAUCUGCAUCAACCAGAUGGGCAGCUACAAGUGUGAGUGUGAGGAGGGUUACCAGGUUGACCCAACGACCAAAGCCUGCAAGGCCAUUGGUACCAUAGCCUACCUGUUCUUCACCAACCGCCAUGAAGUCAGAAAGAUGACUUUGGACAAAAGUGAAUACACAAGAGUGAUCCCCCGUCUGAAGAACGUUGUGGCUCUGGACAUGAACAUGGCCGCCAAAGAGAUCUACUGGUCCGACAUCUCCCAGAAGAAGAUCUACAGAACGUCGAUGGACUCGGCUGAAGACUCCACUUAUCACCACACGGUCAUCGACAGUGACGUUGAUGCUCCCGAAGGAAUUGCCUUCGACUGGAUCCACAGAAACCUCUACUGGACCGACAGCGUUCGCAGCACUAUCUCGGUGGUAACAGCUGACGGCAGCCGCCGCAAAACUCUGUUCCGCCGAGACUUACUGAAACCCCGCGCUAUUGUGGUCGAUCCCCACAGCAAUUUCAUUUAUUGGACCGACUGGGGGAAUCCGGCUAAGAUUGAGAAGGGAGGUCUAAAUGGAGGCGAUCGCACCGCUCUGGUCACCGACAACAUCGAGUGGCCCAAUGGCAUCACAUUAGACCUGUUGAACCAGCGGCUCUACUGGGUGGACUCUAAGCUACACACCCUCUCCAGUAUCGACGUGCAGGGCGGUGGUCGACGCACACUCAUCGUGGACGAACACAAGCUCGCUCACCCACUGGGACUCACUGUGUUCGAGGAAAGAGUGUUCUGGACAGACGUCAGUAACAACGCCAUCCUCAGUGCAAACAGGCUGACGGGUGACGACAUCGCUCCACUGGCGGAGCACCUAUCAUCACCAGAGGACAUCAUUCUGUACCAUAACCUCAAGCAGCCUGCUGGCAGGGACUGGUGUCAGGUGAACAAUGGCGGCUGUGAGUUCUUGUGCCUGGCAGCUCCUCAGGUGGGCCGACAUCCCCCCAAAUAUACCUGCGUCUGUCCAGACAACAUGAUGCUGGCCCGGAAUAUGAGGACAUGUGUACCUGCUGUUCCAACAACUGCAGCUCCUGAGCCGCCUCAAGUUCCCUCUACCCGCCCCCCUCGUCGGCCAACAGCGCCACCAAGUACCACACCAAGUACCACACCCAGGACCACACCCAGGACCACACCGAAGCCCCAGAUCCGCACCACCACCCCAGUGCCUGUCAUAAUCACCAGGCCCGUCACUACGCCAGUGCCGCGCACCACGAAGCCUCCGGUCACAACCACAACACCUGAACCAAAGAAGCCUGAAGUCCUUCAGACCACCACAGAGGCUCCGGUCACCUCUACAGAUGUCGUACAUGAAUAUGCAGAAGCCGUACCCAAGACUGCCUCCAACACCCCGAUAGCUCUUUACAUCGUCUUACCUCUGGCGAUCGUUUGUCUGGUGGCCGCUGGAAGCGUUCUGCUGUGGAGGAACUACAGGUUAAAGAACACCAACACGAUUCACUUCGACAACCCCGUCUAUCAGAAAACCACCGAGGACCAAGUGCACAUCUGGAGGAGCCACAGCCCCGAUGGUUACUCCUACCCAAAAAGGCAAGUCGUGAGCUUGGAUGAAGAGGCCGACAAUCCGGCCUUCACAGAAAACUGAAAAGUGUCGGCCAGAGUGGAGAGAGGAGCCUUAACAAUAAGCUACCUUGAACGUCCUUCAGCAUUUUUACCUCACACAGCACAAAGAUACGGAAGUCAAAGCCUGUAUCUGACAGCCUUCAACCACUAUAUCCUCACGGACGAACAAGCGCUCUGCAGUGGAAAUAUCAGGGUGAAGCAUUAUUUCCAUCACGUUAACGUUUGGCUUUUCAUCCCCUUCACAAAACCAAAUACCAAAUCCUCCGUCUGCUUUCUCUUUAACUUUACUAUAAAUGGAGAACUGUGUCAUUCUUAAUAUCUUGCUUUUCAUGCAUAAUUUUAGCUUAGCACAUUCGAUGCAACUUCUAAAUGGUCAAGUUUUCUAACUGGUGCCAGAACAUCAGAACUAAGGUCUGUAAAUAUCACAGUUUAGCUGUUAAUGGAACAUUAUUAUGUGUUGCACUAUUUAUAAUUUAAAAUAACUGUUUUACAUUUUGGAAAAUGCAUAAUUACUCUUUUUUAACAUUAGAUGAGAAGAUCGAUACCACUCUUAUGUCUGUGCAUUAAAUGUAAAGCUGGAGCCAGGAGGUGCUUAGCUUAGCUUAGCUUAGCAUAAAGACUGGAUGCAGCAGGAAACAGCUACAGUAACUUAAGCCUCUUAUUAGUAUGUUGUGGCUGGUUUUCAGCCUUGGUCAUGUUUGGACAGCCAAGCUACCCAUUUCCCUCUGUUACCAGUCUUCUAUGCUAAGCUAGGCUAACUGCCUUGAGUCUGUAGCUCCAGGUGUGAAUCUUCUUAUCUAGUUCGUGGUAGCAAACUAGAUAUUGCUUUUUCCUUCACAGGAAACAAACCCUGAGUUUUAGUCAUGACAAACAUUAUCACUAAAUCAGAUUUAAACCACAAGUUCAACAUUUUGGGAAAUACACCUGCUAGCUUGACAGUUAGAUGAGAAGAUAAGCUAACACCUGCUAGCUUAGCUUACUACAAAGACUAUGUAGCUAGCCAAGCUUAGUCCAAUGGGAAUAAAAUCACCAAUAGCACAUCUGAAGUCAACAUAUUAGCUCUUGUUCGUUCAUACAAAAUCAAAGUGUAACACGACUAAGCAGCAACUAUGUGCAGCAGCUACUUCCUGGUCCACACCGGUUGCCAGGCAACCUGUGGAGACUGCAAGUUUCUCAUCCCAGUGUUAAUUUUCUUUUUGUUGUGGAAAUAAGAUGUGUUAAUUUGUAAGAAAGAAAGUGGGGGGAGUUUGUUAGCUUUGAGCAAAACCAAGUUCGGUGUUUCCAUUUGUUUGCUAUAAGCUAAGCUAACAUGCUAAUCAUAGUAUUUAUCAUACAGGCAGUGAAUAAGGCCUUGUUCACACUGAUUCUGAUGUUUUGCAGAAUGAACAGAUACCUCUACGUUUAAGAGGUGUUCCUUUAAAUGUUUUUUUUUCUAAAUGCUUUUUAAAAAAACUCUUGUUUAUCUUGGAGGACAUGUUGAAAUGGAAAACAACAGCCACACCUCAAUAUGCAUGGGCUUAUUGUUGGUUUGUGUAAUGUGCAUGUGCCUAAAACAACAACAACAACAACAACAGUUUGGUUAGCGCUAACAGCUACAAGUUUAUCAUUUAGCUUGGCUUUUUGCUGUGACCUCUGCACAUCUGUGGACCAGAGUGUGUUUCCCAAAAUGUCAAACUGUUCCUUUAAAGCUGAAUAUACACCAGUCAGUGUGAUCCAUGUGCCGGUGCGACCAGUGUGACCUCAAUACGUGUCAUAGCAAUGCGUGUGUGUGUGUAAUUUUGACAACCUACUCAGCAGUUGUGCAAAAAAAAAUAUCAUCCAUGACCUCAAAGGAAACACAGCAGACAAUGUGCCUUGAUUAUACUGUCCUGUGUGAUAGCAUUCCUCAUGUCACCACGUGGCCAUAAAGCAUCUUCAGCAGCUGCGUGUAUCUUCAGAGCUUCGUCUCCUGAUGCCCUUUUUCAGCUCAUCUUUAGAUUCCCCUUCCCCUUAUGCCCCCCUUUCCAGGAGGACCAGCGCAUUCCUCGAAAGGCCAAAAAAAAAAAAAAAAAAGCUUUGAUGCAACCAUGUGUGAGCAAUAGAACCAUGUCCAACGCCUGGUACCGUGACACGUGUAUAUUUAUGUGCUCCCCUAAGACCGGCUUGCCUUAUUCCAGCAUUCCUGACCAGAAGAAGGCCGUGUGCUGUGCUGUAUCAUAGUGUUUUAAAAAAAAAACAACAACGCUGCGGCUGUUUGCGUUGCAGACGAAUGUGUGCCUUUUUAAAAUGACAGAAUUUGUUCCCACGUCGGUGCUAUUGAACUUUGUAUAGAAAUCAAUGUGUCUGCCUGUUUACAGCGAGGGUACGAGUGAAGCCGUUUUUACAUUCAGUGCAGAUGAAGCGUGUAAAUAUGAUGUUCAUACAUGUACAUAUUCUGUUUUGUUUUUUGGGUAAUGUUGUUUUAGCCGUUGAACAUUCGCUGUACAUAAAUAAAUGCUUCUAUUUAUUAUAGAA